AAUGCGAAUGGGGAACAAGACAUCAUUGGGUUCAAUACCUUCGACACAGCAACAUCUUCAGUCAGUUCGCAUCAUAGUUUGCCAAUCUCCCACAAGAACUGUAGCCACAGAAUGAAACUCUUCAUUGGUGCCCUGUCCCUGUGCCUGGUGGCCUUCGCUGCUGCCCAGUCGGCUGAGCCAGCGGGUCUGGAGCCUUCGGCGGAGUAUCUGCCGCCUGUUGGCGAUGCCGAGGCCGCUCAGCUCUCCGAGGAUGGCUACCGCUACAAGACCGUGCGACGCCUGAAGCUGCGCCACCGCCGCGAGGUGCCCAACCAGGAGUAUCUGCCCCCCGUGGACAAUGCACCCAGCCAGGAGUACCUGCCGCCAGUUGACGCUGCUGCCAUCGGGGACACCAAAGUGGCCGACGAUGGCUACCGCUACAAGACCGUCCGCAAGCUCAAGUUCCGUGCCCGUCACCGUCGUGAUGUCUCCGAGAUCGCCGAGCCCAGCAGCGAGUACCUGCCCCCGGUUGAGGUGUCGCUUGCCCCCGAGCUGAAGACUGUCCUGGGCGAUGAUGGCUACCGCUACAAGACCGUGCGUCGCCUCAAGCUCCGUCGUCAUCGCCGUGAGACGGCCGUCGCUGCCGAGGAGGCCUCCGCCGAGAGUGCCCCAAAUGGCGAGUAUCUGCCCCCCGCAGAGGUUGAGGCUGAGCCCAAGGCUGCCGCUGAGGAGGGCACCGAGCUGGCCAAGGAUGGUUACCGCUACAAGACCGUGCGUCGCAUCCGUUACCGCCGCCACUAAGCGCUCUCUGGACUGGACACGAACUGAGGAAUAUUGAACCAAAUUGAUCCUGGAAAGUACAUAGAGUAGAGCUGGGCUCCACCCAGCUGACUCGACAGCAAUCGCCCUUUAUUUCUUCUCCCAAUACUAGACUUUCAGUUGUUCCCCCCCUCACAGCAUAUGGAAUAAUAAAAUUUAUUCACGAAAAAUCA